GAUUUUGAUUAUUUGCAGUUGAUAAAAAUAUUUGGCCAAAAGCAUGCAGAGUGCAAUGAGAAAUUGGCAAUGAAAUCGUUUCUACAACUGACAAUUUGAUGGCAGGUUUAUAACGAAAUCUUCAAUGUUCCAUUCUGGAUUGAAACUGCAGCCAAAUGUUUCAAACAUGUUUCUCCAGAGAGAAAGAGAGAGAGAGAGAGAUUGCAUACAUGCUCAAGAGAGCAUACAAACAGCUUUGGAUUAGAGCGAUACCGUCGACCUACCGGGGUAGAAGCGGUAAACAGUAACAACAGGCAACAAAAGUGAAUUCCCUGCCCCAGGCACCACCAAGCAUCAUCCCUGUGUCAACCAAGGGUGAACGACUGAAGCCAUCAAAGUUUGACCACGAAUUUUAUUUUUCGCUCACGAUCCCCUUUGAUCCCGGCUAUCCACGAGAUAGAGCCGCAGCUGAGAAGAGUAAAAGAAAUCAACAAGAUCGCAAAACAAACACAGCAGCUGGAACAUUUGCUGGAAGUGGGAAGGAACCGUAUCGUGGGGCGAGUGCGCUAUCUUGCAAGCGGGGAUGCGCGCAGAUCAGGAACCUAGAUAAACCUGAAAACUAAAACCAGAGGAAAGCAAACGAAAGAAAGUAUCGGAACGAUAGAGAGAGAAAAACUGGUAUCGGAAAGCUUAGCCAACCACCAACGCGUGGCAGCAGUAGUUCCAGUUUCACAUAGCACACAGUCUGCAAAGAACAGAGUACCAGCAAAAUGUCGUCCAACGGUUCGUAUAAUCUUACCGCCGACGGUGAGCUUCGCUAUGUCGUUCAGUGGUUUGGGGAGUGGAGCGAUUUCCAGCGGGAAGACUUCGUGCCGUACCUGGUAUCGUACCUGUCGCAGCAAGUAGGAAGUGCUGUGUACGUGAACGGGCUCAUCAGUGCAAUGGCACAGAUUAACCCUGGUCAGGAUAAACCGAUGAGCUUGUUUCAAUGCAGGGUAAAGCUCUUUAACGAAUGGUGUAUCAAAUGGCCAGAAGAAUUCAAAGCAAAGCUGCUAGAUCGUCUGGAGCAGAUUGAUAAUGCAUUUGGUACACGGAUACGCACAGAGCUAGAGAGCGGCACAAAGCCGCCGAACGGUUGCAUGGAGGAAACAGGUACACAGCUGGCAGAUACCGAACCAAUGAGAGUUUUGGACGAGGAAUCAGACCCAAUCGCAUUAAUCGUGAACGCCGAGCCCGUUAUAAUUGCACCAAAUGCAAUUCUCGUUGCGGAUGAAGACUAGAAGCUUUUCUAUAGCUGUAUGAUUGCAUCAUAUCAACAUUCCAAUACGGUACCUAUCCAUGGUCGGCUGUUUUAAAACAGAUCCGUUCGUGAGCAGUGCAUUUUCGUGGCUAUGCCAUUACCGUUGUGUAGCAUAUCGCAACAAAUACUAAUAUUUAUUAAUUACUGAUCGUUAAAAGUAGCCAUUCCAGCAGAGAAGCGGAGAGGGAUGCGUACUCUCUAUUCACAGUUUACAAAUGCAUUAUUUAAAUAUUACAUUUUGCCUAAAACAUUCCAACACACCGCCGGGGUGUGUUGGUUAUUGUUGAGACACGACGUGGAGAAGAAUCUCGCAUUAAUCUCGAAGUGAAAAAAAAAGUCUGAUAGUGGAAAUCCUGUGGGCAACAAUAAACUAUCUCAUGCCAUACAAAAAAAAAAACACACACAUAAUGAAGCAUUGGCUGUACGGAAGAGUAAAUUGACUGCUGACAAGACCUUUAACGCAAAAUCACAGUUAAUUGCAUUAAAAUGGGGUUUCCAAGAAUGCCACAUAUAUCCAGCGUGAUCGUUCUUCCGUUUACCGUUUAUUGUAUGACUAGUGUAAAGAAGCAUAUUGUGCGGAAUAAAGUAUAAAUAUUAACAAUCCCUUCACAAAAGCAAA